AAACUUCUUCACUUGCGUUGAGAAGUCUCAAAAUCAAAUUACAACCAAAAUAAUCCGACAAUCAGAAAAAUGUCGGACGAUGAUACAUACGACGACGACGAUAUUGAAUCUGAUAUCGGAUUUUAUGAAGGUGAAAGAGAUGAAGACGGAAACCGACAUGGAUUUGGUACAGCACAUUUACCGAAUGGGGAUAUUUAUGAAGGGCAAUACGUUAGAGGAAAAAGACAGGGAAAGGGCGUAUACAAGUUCCACAACGGUGCAAAAUACGAAGGAGAUUACUUCGCAGGAAACAAGCACGGCCUUGGGACCAUGACCUACCCGGAUGGCUCAAAAUACGAAGGUUCAUGGGAGAACAACACGAAGCAUGGACAGGGAAUUUACGCCUACAUCAACGGAGACAUUUACGAUGGUUUUUGGGUUGAAGACCAAAAACAUGGACGAGGGGUGUACAAGAACAAAGCAACAAAUGCCGAGAUCUCAGGUAAAUGGGAAGAUGGAAUUCUUCAUGGACCAGUCAAGAUAUAUUAUGAUGGCUAUUAUUUUAAAGGAAGGUACAAUGACAAUCUGCUGCACGGCAAAGGGAAAUUCACUUUUCCACUUCUCGGAGUAGAGCAAGUUGGGCAGUACGUAAUCACCAAAAUAGUUGCCAAAAAAACAGACGAGCAAGAAGAUGAGGGAGAGUAUUUUGUGAAGGAGAAACUUUCAAUUUGGAGAUCGACAGCUACACGGCCAAUCUAUGACGAGGAGGAAGAGGUGGAAAUGGAGCAAAAGCCCAGCUCUUCGUCGCGAAAUAUGAAAAAAUCCGUCUAG